GCCGGCAGAGUCUACAGUCAGACACUCAGAGGGACUCGGCUCUCCUUUUGAAGACUGCUCAUCUCCUGUUCUCCUCUUCUCAGAGCGCUGAUAACCUUUACCACUGCAAACAUGAGGAAGGCAUACUCAGUCAGCUCUAGUAGCAGCACCAGGAGGUCCUUUGCACCAGUUAGCAGCUACUCCGUAAAAAGAUCCAGUUAUGGUGCUGGAGCUGGAGCUGGUGGUCUUGGUUUUAGUAUGUCUUCAAUGGGUGGUGGAUUAGGUGGUGGUUCUGGUAGUUAUGGGUUUACUUCUAGCCAAACAGGAGGCGGCUUCAUCGCUCCACAGAUCACAGCUGUCCAAGUCAACCAGAGCCUGCUGACCCCUCUGAACCUGGAUAUUGACCCCACCAUCCAGGUUGUCCGCACUCAGGAGAAGGAUCAGAUCAAGACCCUCAACAACCGCUUUGCAUCCUUCAUUGACAAGGUCCGUUUCCUUGAGCAGCAGAACAAGAUGCUGGAGACCAAAUGGAGCCUCCUGCAGGACCAGACCACCACCCGCUCCAACAUCGAUGCCAUGUUUGAGGCCUACAUUGCCAACCUGCGCAGACAACUCGAUGGUCUGGGCAAUGAGAAGGGCAAGCUGGAGGGAGAGCUGAGGAACAUGCAGGGCCUGGUUGAGGACUUCAAGACGAAGUAUGAAGAUGAAAUCAACAAACGUGCAGCUGCAGAGAACGAGUUUGUGCUCCUGAAGAAGGACGUUGAUGCUGCCUACAUGAACAAGGUGGAGCUGGAGGCCAGGGCUGAUGCUCUUCAGGAUGAGAUCAACUUCCUCAGGGCCAUCUAUGAGACUGAGCUUCGUGAGCUGCAAAGCCAGAUCAAGGACACCUCUGUCAUCGUGGAGAUGGACAACAGCCGUAACCUGGACAUGGAUUCUAUUGUGGCUGAAGUGCGUGCUCAGUAUGAGGACAUUGCCAACCGCAGCAAGGCUGAAGCAGAGACCUGGUACAAACAGAAGUAUGAGGAGAUGCAGAGCACUGCAGGACAGUAUGGUGACGACCUGCGCACAACAAAGGCUGAGAUUUCUGAGCUGAACCGCAUGAUCUCCCGUCUUCAGAAUGAGAUUGAGGCCGUCAAGGGACAGAGGGCCAGUCUGGAGGCUCAGAUUGCAGAGGCUGAGGAGCGUGGUGAGCUGGCAGUGAAGGAUGCCAAGCUCCGCAUUAAGGACCUGGAGGAUGCUCUGCAGAGAGCCAAGCAGGACAUGACCCGCCAGGUGCGUGAAUACCAGGAGCUGAUGAACGUCAAGCUGGCCCUGGACAUCGAAAUCGCCACCUACAGGAAACUGCUGGAAGGAGAGGAGUCCAGACUGGCCAGUGGAGGCGCAAGCGCAACCAUUCACGUGCAGCAGACCUCUGGAGGUGGUGGAUUCUCCAGCUCCAGCGCCGGCAGUGGAUUCGGCUUUGGUGGCAGCAGCUUGUCUGGUGGUUAUGGCGGUACUGUUACCAAGUCCACAGUCUCAUCAACCAAUUCCAGGAGAGUGUAUUAAAAA